UCACGAACUGCACGAAACGAAUUGGUUGAGUUUUUGUACACAGAAAUUGACUGGCGUUAAGUGCGUAAUCUAUCAGGGCAAUUUCCGGGUUUAUUUUCUGGCAGACAGUUGACUGUUUUAAUGCAACUAGUUUAUAUGAAUUAUAAUUGUUAGAAAAUGUUGAAAACGGGUAUACAAUUGGACAAGUAGCCUUCGUUGGGAGAUAUUUAGAGAUUUUACAGUGGGUUGGGAAACCAGUAGCGUCUGUACAUCGAAACCCUCCCUCCCACAAUGCCUCCCCCACCCCCGCCCGCCCCGGCGCCCCCACCCCCUCCCCCUGCCAAUAGUGCUCUUCCACCAUCAUCCAAAAAAGCGCAGAAAGAACGAGGAGCGUUGCUGACGGACAUUCACAAAGGAGCCAGACUAAAAAAGACUGUUACAAAUGAUAGAAGUGGUCCAACUUUAAAUACAAAGAAAACUAGUGGAGGUGGAGGCGGAGGUAGGCCAGGAGGAGGGGGCGGAGGAAGUCGGACAGGAGGGGGAGGUGGUGGAGGAGGAGGUGGAGGUGGAGGUGGAGGUGGAGGCGGGGGCGGAGGCGGAGGUGGGAUGCCAAUGAGUGGAGGUCUCUUUAGCGGAGGUAUACCAGCACUCAAGAAAACUGGUAGAUUACCAGCGGGUUCAGGUCCCACUCCAUCAGCUAACCACAACAGUGCACCCUCGAUAGGAAAUGCUAAGAAAUUUGGUUCACAACCUGCAAGACCCGGAGGCAAUAAUCAGAGUGCACCUGCUGUAGGACGUCUACCUCCAACUCCCUUUCAGAACUCCGGAAGGCAAGAACCACCUUCCCCGAAGCUUCUAGGUCGUCCCUUUCAAAGUAAACCUGCAGCUUCGGAGGAUUCAAAUAACUCACAGAGUAAACCGGCGUGGAUGAACAAUAAAAGCAAUUCCAAUAUUACAAAAGGUUUCAACUCUGGCGGCGGUCAGUCGGGCGGGGCACCGCCUCCACCGCCCCCUCAACAAAAUAAACCACGCCCUCCAUCGGUUACGUCGAUGCCUCCCCCUCCCCCACCAGGUAGAGGGAAUCAAAAUGGUAGACCAGCUCAAGCUCCUGGUAGACCCAGCUCAGGACGGCCCUCAGCACCACCAGGUCGACCUGUAUCACAGGGAAGAAUGGCACCGCCCCCGCCGCCCCCCGCAAGAGACCCCCCGCUCCAGCCGCCCCCCGCAAGAGGCCCCCAGCCCCAGCCGCCCCCUCCAUCCAGGCAGCCCCCUCCAUCCAGGCAGCCCCCUCCUCCUAUUCGAGACCCUAUGCAGGAUUGUUCGCCGCAAUCAAAUGGACCAACAUUUGGUGGAGCACCGCCCCCACCUCCACCCUCGAGGGGUCCUGUAGGUGGUCGACCCCCACCACCCCCAAGGGGGAAUGACGGUCCGUCGUCGAGACCAUCAGCAAUGCCACCCCCUCCUCCCCCGGCAAGAAAUACAGCUCGUCCAACGUCUGGUACCAUGGCUCCUCCCCCAGUGCCUAUAUCAAGUAGACCACCUCCGUUACCACCCUCAAGGAACAGUGCACCACCCCCACCACCUCCUAUGAGGGAUAGACCGCCCUCUAUUGUUGGGAUGCCGCCCCCUCCCCCUCCAAGUAGAAAUGGACGACCUUCGACCUCAUCACCACCUGUCAUCACUAAUAAUAAUGGAUAUGAUGAUUCGUUUGAGAGCCGCUUUAAGUUCCGAUCGUCGGAUGAGUUUCCACAACCUGCACCUUACACACCGUCAAACAAGACAUACCCAAGUAGAUCGUUAACAAAUAGACAAAGUGGAAAAAGAGCUCCACCCCCUGAACCUCCCCACUAAGGUCAUGAAGAGACGGUGAAGAAAGUCUUUUGAGUCUACAAGACGGAUGAUGGCAAGCAGAUUUCCCAGUCAACAGUCCAUGACACAGUAACUUCACUUAUCAACCACUUCACUUUAUCUUACACCUGUUUUAGAAAGGCGCGCCAGGGUUGCUCCGAAUCAAAUCGAUUAGGAGCGACUCUAAGACGACCCAAAUGAGUGUUGGUUUCAGACCAACACGCCAGAGUCACGCCGAACGAAAUAGAUUAGGAGCGACUCUUGGCCGACCGAAAUAAGUUUUGGUUUCAGACAAGUGCACCAGAGUCGCGACGAACCAACUAGAUUAGGAGCGACUGUGGGUCGACCAAAAACAGGCGAACUACAUGUAAACAUAACAUUUACAUUGGCUCCGCUCAUGACAAGAUCAACGUCUGAAAGCAAGCUGCUCCAGGGUCAUUCCGAACGACUUCAACAGUAGAUCUUUCGACUUCUAGUCCAGUCGCUCCUAACUGUUACAGAUGCAAUUCUCAUGUACUUAUUUCAGAAUUUGGUUCGGUGCGACUGUGGAGCGCCUGUCUGAAACAGGUCUAAGCAGCUUAAGAUGGAUUACCUCCUAACAACUUAAAGACAAAAAGUGGUGCAGUCACUAUCACUUCUUGAACUCUUACCCCUAUUUUUGGAAAUCAAAUCAACAACCUCUCCCUUUCCACCCACCCCCUGUGACCCAUUCCUGGAUUGAUCACUGUAAUUGAUUAGUUGAGGUUUGCACCACGUGCAGGCUAGAUACUUCACAGAGGCAAUGAAGACGAUUGCCUUCAUGCCCUCUGGUCAAUGCCUUGGUGCCCUUGAAAUGCU